CAGUCAUCGCCGCGCAUGCGUACACGAACGCUCGUGUACCGGCAGCGGCGCUUCAGUAUUGAUCGCGCGUUUGACGGUAUUACACAGUACCGACAAUGAUUCCGGAUUUCGAAUGUGUAUAACAAUAAUAGACUAUUUAGUAUGGAGUGAAGUGCUUAAUAGUUCAUCAUGUCGAAGAUCCCCAUCGACAGAAAUGGCAAGCUGCGCAUCCGAGGCAUCUACUCCAUGAAGAGUAUUGAUGUCAUCAAUCCCUCCAAGGACAAACAAGCCGACACAGCAGAUAAGACCAAAAACAUCGAUGCGGGGACUAAAGCGGACAACAAAGAACUAUUCUGUAGUAACUACCUGAACCUAGUUCCAAAAAUGAGCUUGAGCUUAGAUAAAGGACUGGAGAAAAACCCCCGAAUAUUAGAUUUAAGGGAAAAGUUGAACGAAAUAACUAAAAAGCAGGACAGAAACGUGGACAAAGAAACUAAAGGACUGAUUAAUGGUAUCACCCAACUAGUCGAUGAAAAGGAACAAGACGAAUCUGGCCCUUACAGCCUCUUGUUCGAUCUUCAACCAUCCACGUUCAAAGAAAGUAUUGAAAAAGAUCUGCUGCAUACGCAAAGCUUAAAGAACUCGACUGUUUCAAUUAACAAAAGUGCCGAAAGACUUCCCAACGUUAUAAAUUUCGACGAAAAACCGAUGAGAGAAUUCGAAUACUCAUGCGAAAAUCAAAUUACCUUCCCUGUUACGAAAACGUUUAAUACUCACUCAAGGUCUGACCUCUGUCUGCAACUCAAAUCGCAGAUAAACCCUCGAAUAUAUGAUACGAAUUUGAGCCCCAAUGAUAAUUCACUUAAUAGGACUAAUGAAGAAAACUCACUCGAUGAUAGUUUGGGAAUCUUAACUCCAGAUCAGAUGGAUGAUAUUUGCUACCUAGAAAAUGCCUUUUCUCCAACUGUGGAAGGACUUCCUAUAUUCUGUGAUAACAAUGAAAGUAAAGUGUCGCCUGAUUGUAGUGAUACUCCAUCAACUGAUAAGACUGACAGCAAUUCAGCAGUUUCGACGAUACAAAAUGAUGAGUUUGAAAGAAAUGACUGCACUGCUCCCAUAUCAAGAAACAUAGAAUCGGUAAAAUCCGAGAAAUUAUCGAAAUCUUGUGAUAAUUUAUCUGCUCAAAACACUAACUGCUUAACGACUAAAAUCAAUAACUCAGUGACAAGCAUGGUUAAAGAAAGUACAACGGAACAAAUAGACAUUGCCAAAGACGAGUUAAUCCCAAAUGUGAUAGAUGAUGAGUUCAUGCCUUCUAUUCACAGCAGUAUUUUAGAGCCAGUCAGUUCCAUAGCUGAGACUACAGUAAAUCUAGAACUACCAUUAGACUGUAAACUUGAAAACCGUCUGGUAGUUCAAAGGAUAGAACAAACACCGUCACCUGAAGAUUUGCCUCUAGACAACUCUGACAUUAACGGCGAAAUUAGUUAUAACUCCCAAUUCUCCAACUCAACAUUGCAUGAUUCACAGACAUAUUCUGACAACAAGAACGACUACCAGAAAUCAAUGGAAACAUCCAAAGUUUCCAAUAGCUUUAUUACCAGUAUAACUAGUAUAACGAGCUUGGAUGGUUAUCAAGGCGACGGGGAAAUGUCGAGGCCAGUCAGCAGAACUGCGGACCAUUCUAUAGAGCCCCGUGAAGAUGUCAUAGAAAUGGAAUGGCAAAAUGUUCCUGUCACCAGGCGGCCAGAUCCUAUGACCGAUUCAGACUUCUUCACUGAAAGUGACGCAGAUGGCCUCGACGAUCACAUGCACCGGGGAGAUAGAAAGGCACAAGUGAUAGACGGAGCUCUAUAUGGUGGUAAAAAUAGCAACGGUAACCCGCCUCUGAUGGUGAACAGGAAUGAUGAUUCAUGCAUGGAGUCAAGUGGUGUUUACACAGAUUUCGAGAAUCAUCGUCAGUCACCUGUGUUUUUAAAUGUCAUCGACGACAUGUCUCCUGAGGGCUCGACACCAUCAACACAAUCUGAAUUAAGUCAAAAGAACAUUAAUUCAGGAGAAAGCAAUAUUUAUUGCACUCCUAAAGAGUGUACGAACGAAGACUCAUUUAAUCCGACUGUAGAGGAAGAUAAGACUCCUAAGAACUCUAGCAAGCGUAAUUCUCUGAACAGCGAGAAAGAUGUUAGAUCGAACGCUAAAAGCAAGGACGAAAAGAGGAGCUUUACACUUAAAAAGUACAAAAUGCCUAAACGUGAUGUGCCAAGCAAAUUAAAAACAAUGUUAGCUAAUCGGAAUACGGACGCCGAUAACAGUGUCCAAAGUAGCCCGAAGACUGUGAAAAAGAUGGACCGACGAGAAAGCCUUACCAAGAAGAAUUCUUUGGAUAUAAAAACGGAUUACAAGAUGAAAUCUUUCAAAGACAUCAAGUCGAAGGUAGACUGUUCUUUCUCCUUGCAAAGAUCUCAAACUGCUUGCAGUGUUAGUAGGAUGUUGAGCUCCAAGUCUACAAACACGAACAUUAAGCCUAAGAGCCGCCACAUGCGUAUGCGCAUGGAGCUCGGCUCGGCCGCCGGCAGCGGCAAGAGCAGCCUCCACAGCUCGCAGAGCGACCUCAGCGCCAGCACGCCGCUGGGGAAGCACCCGGCCAGCCGCUUCCCUCUGAUCAGAAACGGCAAGAAGCGGGACAGCGUUGCAGCGCCGACGCCCCCGCCUGCCCGCCCGCCCCCGACCCCGCCGCAGCCGCCCGCCCAGGCGAAGAAAAAUGGCGUCGUUCCGAAGCUGUCAUCUUCACCGGUUGCGGUGCGUGCGCGCACGUCUCUUGCGCCGCCGCCGUCGCCGCGCAAGCCCGCGGCGAGGCGCACUCCAGCGCAGAGGCCGAAUACAUUGCCGACUAACAACAAAGAACCGCCCCGCGUGACAGCGGCGGUGGGGCCCCGCAGCAAGCGGGCGCCGACGCCGGCGCGCGCCACGCCCGCACUCGCGCCGCGCGAGACUCAGGCCGCAGCGCUCGCGCACGCCGCCAAGGGCGUCGAGGCGCUCGGCGUGCUGGUCCAGUAUUUAGUGUUUCGGUUGGACGCACUAAAUGGCGGCUCGUGGCGACUCGAGGCCGAGCGGUGGCGGGGCGUGGCGGCAGCGGAGCGCACGAGCGCCGAGCGGGCUGACCACGACCGCCAGCAGCGGGCGCAGAAGGACCUCGACACAAUCGCUGAAUGCCUGGGCAAGAUAUCGGAGCUAGAAAUGGAGGUGUCGUCGAAGGAGGAGGCGAACGCGCGCCUGCAGGCCGCGCACGUGGACCAGGUCGCCUCGCUCGCCAACGACAUCAAAGGCCUAAAGGACACAAUUGAUUCCCUAAAGCGCGAAGUCGCCGAGAGCAGGGCGCGGCUCCACGCGCACAGCGAGAUAGAGCGCACCCUGCGCGCGCAGCUGGAGGCGGCGCGGGCGGAGAUCGAGCGCGCCGACACGCUGCGCGCCGUCUGCAACACGGCCUGCAACACCGUGUGCAACCUCACCGACGCCGCCUGCGACCCCGUCUGCUGCGAGGUGGAGGAGUGCGAGCUCAGGCUGAGCGCUAAUGAGGAGUUAAGCACUGAUGCUAACGAGUUGGCAGCUGAGGUCCGCUCGCUCCGCGCCGUAAUCGAGCUGAAGCAAGCCGAGAUGGCGUCCCUCCGCGACGCGCGCACCUCGCUCGGCGCUGAGCGCGAGCGGCGCGCGACGGCCGAGCGCGAGGCGCGCGCCGCGCGGCACGCCGCCGAGGAGCUGCGCGAGCGCGCCGCCGCCCGCCAGCGCGAGGCCGACCGCCUCCGCGACGACAACAGGAGGCUCAGGGACGCCGCCGCGAGGGACAGGGAUCAGGCCUCGAGGAUCGCGGCGCUCAAUGAGGAGCUCCGGUACAAGCUCAGGCAGAAGUCGCAGGUGGUAUCCUUGCUCGCCGGCGGCGGCUACAUGGAGCGCGUGCGCGCGCGCACGUCGUCGGGCUCGUCGCUGCGCUCGGCGUCGCCCGAGUCGCCGCCGUCGCCCGCGUCGCCCGCGCCCGACGCGGCGGCGCCGGCGCUGCCCGCCGUCAAGGGCGUCGUCGAGAAACACGACUCCGUCAGCUGGGUGCUGGAAAUCGAGGAGACGCCUGAGGAGGUGGCUUCUAGACUGGCGCGGCGCUCGUCGUUCCGCAGUAUGGGGUCGCCGCUGUCGUCGUCGGGCGUGAAGCGUCGCGGCGGCGGCUCGCCGGGCGGCUCGCCCGGGCCGGCGCCCGCGUCGCCCGCGCCCAACGCCUCCAAGCUGUUCCGGCCCGGCGACCUGGACUUCCCGCCGCCGCCGCCGCCGCUCAAGGAGUCCGCCGGCGAGGCUAUCUACAUCUACGAUGACCGCCAGUAUUGAGCGGACGACGGCGCUUUUGUGAAUAUUCAUCGCAGUAUCAGCCCUGAGCGUACGAUACGCUAUACGGAUGCUUUACUGGCUAGCUCUUGAACGUGUUUCGACCCGGUGACGUGGACUCGCCGCUGCCGAUAAUAAGAAUCCGCGGCGGGUCAUCUACGUGAUUAUAUUAAGCGCUCGAACCGAUGUGAUAUACUGCAACUAUGUCGCGACUAUAGGCCUAAGUCAGAGUCGACUGUUACCUGGCGCUUGUGAAGUUUUUGUACCAAUGCAAGGCUUACAGUCAGUACUAAACGCAAUAAGAAAUCCGUAAAAUCGUUAACACGAUGACACGUUACAGCUUUUAAAGUUUAAUCCAGAGAUGCUUAAAUACCUACCUAUACAUACCUUAUGAUGACCUAGUAAAAAUAGGAUAUACGCAAAUGGGUCUAAUGUAUUGCUCUUCGUCAGAUCAAAAGCUACAGACAAAGACGUAAGAAGCGCUUUCGAUGUUUUGUAUAAACUCACAGACACAAUGAACGAGCCGUCUCGAGAAGAGUUUUUAGAGUAUUUUGUAUACAUAUGAACUGUAAAAAAGCACCUGGCGACUGUCAGAGCUACAUUACGUUACAGUAAAUAUAGUGGGUGGUUCGAGUACGGCAACCGUCGGUUUUUAAGUGUCGCUGACAGAUUCAGAUAUACCCGAAACAGAGCUUUUAUGAUAUGAGGAACACGAAGUGGUACAGACGUAUCGCUGUCUUAUGCUUCAAAUACAGUAUUACACGGACUAAAAUCUCAUGUACGGAGCAAAUGUUAAGUGCGCGAUCGUCAACAGAAGUGUACUUGUGAAGGAAUGACGCUGGCAUUGGACUUGUUAUAUUCUUGCCGGUAUCGUUCGAGGAGUCAUAGUUUUAUAACGAAAAUGUGGGACCCGACCGGUAUGUCUUUAUAGUACCUACUUAAUAACAUAAGAUUUCUGGUAGUUAGAAGAUUGUUUGGAAAUCUAACAUAUUUAUUGUAAUCGAUAGUACCGAUUAUUUUAGAGAGCCUGGUUAUGCGUUGAUAUUGGUAUUUAGUAUACGCGCCGGGCAUAGUAAUUACAUUAAUACGUGUGUAACUGCUUUCAAAUUCUGGUCUUAAAAGUUAAACAUUUGAUUGGGCUUCGGAGUAGUGUUUUGUACCUGUGAAUUGCGUCGAUUUAUAAAUUGUCUUGCACCUUGAUCACAAUUGUACUAUUGCCGUAGAGUUCAAGAUAUAACUCUAAUAAUUAUAGUAUACCUUGUAUCGUUUAAACUGUCGUCUUCUCUCUUCUCUGUUUUCAAGCACAUACCUUUGUUUUCUUUCUCCAUUCUAUCUCAAUCUCAAAUUCUUCUCCUAUAGCGGUAUAGUUACUGUUCCUGCCUUCGAUUCUUCAUACUUGAAAUUGGCGCAAUAAUUGUUUGUAUUUAUUUAAGUUAAGGUGUAAAAAUAUUUAUCCCGGGAUCUUCCGGGCUGUUGUCGACGCUGUAACAUUUUGUAUUGUUUUGUAUUCAUUACUUAUAUUUAUAACUUGAUUAUAGUUUAUCGUGGUUGUUGGCACUGUAUUAUUUUUAUGUACAAAUAACAAUUUUAAUGAGAAAUUAACUUACUUAGAUUUAAGAAAGUACUGUGUUGAACUGUAAGAAUUAUAAUAGCCGCAGUAGUAUGAUACACUAGCAUGUUAAGUUUAUUCCCUCGCAUCGUCUGUCUCAGUUUGACUUGUAUAGUGUGAAAGAGAUGGCUGGUGUUUAAAGGGAUUAUUCUUACCAUGGUAGCCACCUUGAUUCUGAUAUAGAGUAGUCAGACCGCCCCACGAACGCUGGCUUACCCUCCGGUCUGAAAACAUGAUUCGUACCAAAGAGUCGCGUUUAUCUACUCUAUGUAAUGUUCCUUAAUUUCUUAGUGUGUCCAUUUUGCAUGUGCAUUAAAGUCAGGUAAUGUUAAUUUUUAUUUAUUUUUAAGCUAAUAAAUAAUACCAUUCCAAAUUAAACAUUGUAAGAGUAAUAAAUGAUAAACAAUAAAAUAAACUAUGUCGAAAUAA